AUGGCUACUUCUGUUGACAUGUCUCUUGAUGAUAUUAUUAAGAAAAAUAGAGGGAGAGGCAGAGGACGAGGUAGUGCCCAACGUGGGCGAGGAACUGUUAGGUCAUUUAGUGCUGGAAGAAUGACAGGGAAGGUUCAUAGAGGUCCACUUGGGGUGAAUGCGCGGCCAUCACAGUUCACAAUUUCCAAGCCUGCUCGCAGAGUUAGAAAUUUGCCUUGGCAGCAUGAUUUGCUCGAGGAAAGUAUUAGAGCUGCAGGAAUAACUGGCAUAGAAGUGGGUACAAAGUUGUGUAUCUCAAACUUGGAUCAUAAGGUGUCAAAUGAUGACAUAAGGGAGCUUUUUGCUGAGAUUGGAGACCUAAAGCGAUAUGCUGUUCAUUAUGACAGAACAGGCCGCCCUAGUGGUUCUGCUGAAGUAGUAUACACACGGAGAAGUGAUGCAUUUGCUGCUCUGAAGAAGUAUAACAAUGUGCUAUUGGAUGGGAAGCCUAUGAAGAUUGAAAUUGUCGGUGCCAAUGAGGAUUUGCCUAUAUCAGCUAGAGUAAAUGUCACUGGAGUCAAUGGAAGACAAAAGAGGACUGUCGUUAUGACGGCUGGACGGGGCCGUGGGAGAGGGGGCUUUGCUGCAGCUACACGGGGCAGGGGUUCUGGUCAAAGUAAGCGCGGGGGACUGCAGACCGGUAGCCGUGGUGGUCGUGGUGGUGCUGGUGGUCGUGGUGGUGGUGUAAGAGGAGGUGGAAGAGGGCGAGGCCGUGGGAAGAAGGGGGCCGUGGAGAAGUCAGCUGAUGAUCUUGACAAGGAGCUAGAGAACUAUCAUGCGGAAGCCAUGCAGUCAUAA